UGGUUAAAUUUUUUAUUUGGGUCAAAACACUCAAAUAAAACUCUUUCAGCCGGUCCACCAAAUUGAGUCGAUGAUGUUAAUUUUAGAAAGAUCAAGUUAAGGAUCAAGUUUAUGAGUGAGUGAUUGAAGAAAGGUUGCUGUAUUCCACAAAAGUUUACGGCGACAAAGUGGUACUUAGGGGAAAAUGCGACAAAGUGGUAAGCGACAAAUUGGUAUUCGAUCAAAUUUGUCAGCUGACAAUCAGCUGAUUUCUUUUCAGAUUUAAUUUUUCUUUCUGACUCUGGUUCGGGAAUAAUCUGAAAUUGUUUCUGCCUUGAGAUCCGGAUCGAUUCGUGACGUCGAAUACUACCACUUUGUUUAUAUUUUAUUUUAGUCGAGUAUUUGUCGGUUACCAUUUUGCGUGUCGGACUAAAACGCGGAACGGAUACGACACAGAACGACAAAACCUCGUUUUGCUCCUCACCCAACAUUUUGUGCAGAGUUUUUAAACCUAUCUAAAAUGGUUACAACAGUUAAAAACAACAAACUUAAAUGGUUAUCCCUUUUUAUUUUAAUUGCACAAACAACGGCUUUAGUGUUGACUUUACGUUAUUCCCGAACACAAACAGGGGAAGGACCCAAAUAUUUAUCUUCUACGGCAGUUUUGAUGGCAGAAAUUGUUAAAUUUAUAACUUGUGUUUUUGUGUUAUUUUUCCAAAAUGAUUGGAGUUUUGAACGGUUAUUGAGAGUUUUGAAUGCUGAUGUUUUUAAUAGACUAAAUGAAACGACUAAAAUUGGUGUGCCUGCAUUGCUUUAUGUUAUUCAAAAUAAUUUAUUAUUUCUUUCACUUUCAAAAUUAGAUGCGGCAACAUAUCAAGUCACUUAUCAACUCAAAAUCCUCACAACCGCCUUCUUUUCAGUUACAAUGCUCAAUAAAAAAUUAAAUAUUUUAAAAUGGAUUGCUUUACUUUUGCUAACUGGUGGGGUAGCUCUUGUACAGCUUCCAAAAAAUUCUUCCAAACCCAAUAUUACUUACGACCACAAUUCCAGCGACAGAUUAAUUGGACUUUUUGCAAUUUUAGCUGCUUGUUUUUCUAGUGGAUUUGCUGGGGUUUAUUUGGAGAGAAUUUUAAAGACUGCCUCGGUUUUUUUAAUUCUAGAAUCAAUUUUUUUUCAAUUUUUAGGUUCAACUUUGGACCCAAAAUUUGUUACUUUUAUUUUUGGGGCUUUUGCAAUGACUUGGAUUUAUGAUUGGGAACAAGUAAAAUUGUGGGGGUUUUUUCAUGGAUACAAUACAACUAUUUGGAUUGUUGUAGCUUUACAGGCUUAUGGAGGUCUAGUAAUUGCUUUAGUCGUUAAAUAUGCCGACAAUAUACUCAAAGGAUUUGCUGUUUCUUUAUCUAUUUUGUUGAGCAGUUUUAUUUCUUGGGGGUUACUUAAUGACUUUGAACCUUCAUUUACAUUUGUUUUGGGUGCUUCUAUUGUGAUACUUUCUACUUUUCUUUAUGGUUUCGAACCUCAACGACAACAACAAAAAAUAAUAACGCCCUCAUCUUCAGAAAUUAAAUUACAAAUAAGUAAAAGUUUAAAUUAA